UAUGUAGUUUGUGGAACUAAGCGCUUCGAGUUUGGCGAGUGUAUUAUAAUAAGAAUCUUAUCAUUAUGGAGAAACGAAAUCACGAAAUGAACAAAUUGAAAGAAUAUGAAUCCGUAAUUAGCUCUCAAAAAGAACACAUAUUGCGUUAUGAAAGUCGAUUGAAGGACAUUAUCGUAGCAUAUAAAGGUUUAGCCAAGGAAAAGAUUGCCUUAGAGCAAUCUUUACAGACACUCAACGCGGAAGGGGAUGGUGCAGGCAAAGUAUCUGUCAGCUUAAAAAAACAUGAACAGUCUGACACAAUACAAGAACCAUUGGCGCCGAACGAAGGAGGACAAGUCCAAAAACUAAUGCAAAAUCUCGCAACACUCACUGCUGAACGAAAUCGUAUUGAGGAAGUAUUAAAGAGUGACAGAAACCAGCUUCGGCAACAAUUAGCAAACAAGGAUGCAACAAUAGAGGAAUUAACGAGGCGAAUCAAAAUGCUUGAAAGCCAAUUCCCGUAUGACUCUAGCAGCUCAUUUGCUAGUGUUUCUGCCGAUCGCCCACUAAGUAGUGUGAAGUACGAGGAUCAGUCCUUAAAAAUAAGAGAGCUAAAGAAACUGUUAGACGAUGAACGUAACUUGAACGAACAGUUAGAAUUACAAUUAGGUAAUCUGAAAACGCAAUUUUUGCUCAAUAUCCCGGAUCGGCCGGCAGAGCUAAAAAAACGUACUGAAGAAAAGGAUUCUAGUUCCGUGACUGGCAUCACUGAGAAGAGCUCAAGCACUUCAAUAAAUUUAAAAGAAUCUUUGCAUGAUUUGCAACGAGAAAUGAAUCAUCUGAAGAAACAAUAUGCCAUUGCAGUGGCAGAUGAAAAGCAGCGGGUGCGGUUGGCGGAAGAAAGCAGCAAACGUUUGAGAGAAAUUCAUGAGGAACGUGUGGCCAAUUUUGAAUCCCGCAUACGAGAGCUUAGCGAAAUGGUGGGUAAGUAUGAUCGUCUAAAAGAGCAGGACAAGGCACACAUCUCACAAUUGAAAUGCACCAUAGCUAACCUCAAAACGAAACACGUAGAAGAACAAAACAACAUGCCAUGCGAUAAUAAUUUUGAUCGUGAAUCCAUAGAAGAUGGAUAUGGCGCACGUCAAGAGCUUUUCGCAAUACACCAAACCGAAAGUUUUGAUAAAACUGGUGAAAAUCGAACUGAUCUUAAUUUUCCUUCCAACGUUGCCCAUGACCAACAUUUGGAUACACAAAAUGAGCUGGAAAACUAUAAAUGGCGUUACGAACAAGCAAUAAGUGAUAAUCAACGACUGAAAAAGGAACUCCUUUUGUGUCAAGAAUGUGUGACACAACUGAAACACAAACAUGAUUUGCAAAAACAAUCCACAGCACAGCUGGAGUCCGAUUUGCAGCAGAAACUAACAGAACAGCAGAUGACCUUUAAAAAUGAGUCCUCCAAACAUUCAGAGGCCUUGAAUGCAAUGCAAGCAUCGUUCGAGAGAAAAAUUGGUCAUCUUCAAGAUUCAUUGCAAAAGCAACGUGAACGUUCGCUUGCCGUAAUGGACGAGAAGGAUGAAGAAAUCAAAACGUUACGAACGUCGCUGGAAAUUAUUUCACUCUCGUCUUCUACUUCUAUCCGCCAACAGGAGUCAAACAGCGAAGUUAUGAACAACGCGAAAGGUGAUCGCAACCGCUGGAAUAGUAACAAUGACUCUUCUACAAUGAUAACGUCCUUCACUUCUUUAGUUGAUGAACAUCAACAUAUUCUUCAUUAUGCACAAGAAAUAGCACGGAAAAACGUAGAAAUCAGUGCGAUUCGUACUUCAAAAAACAUGUCGGAGGCUGCACUUCGGAAGCUUGCACAGGAAAAAGUUAUGAUUGAGGAAAAUUAUAAGGACCAAAUAUUUCAACUGGAAAGAGACAUCGAACGAUUGCGAAGCAACAACCAACUGGAAGGAUCUAACCUAGAGUAUUUGAAAAACGUUGUGCUCAGUUUCCUUUUAUCGCGGGACAUAGACAGUAAGAAACAUAUGACCAAUGCAAUAGCAGCAGUUUUAAAGUUUGAUGAGAGUGAAAUUCAAGCUGUGAAUAAUAUCAAACAUUGA